UUCAGAUAAAAUGUUCACACCUAAAGCAAACCUUCUCUCAGGUCGAAGAGGAGGAUCAAGGUCGAAUACACCACUCUCAGGUUCACGUCGGACUCCCCUUCUCUCUACAAGAGCCAAAGGAAGUACUCCGUUAGCAAGGACUAAUGUCAUAGAGGAUACAGGAGUACACAUUCUAGCGUCCUUCGGGAGUUCACUUCCAGUUCUGGUUAUUGAGGUUUUGACCUUAGCAAGUGCUGGUGAAGUUACGGUCAGUCUGGGUGAGAAUGGUUGGGCCUGGUUGGUCAGCGGAAGACGACUAGUUGUCUGGAGGUAUUCUGGUGGGGGUCGAGCUCAGUGCAGAGAAUUAUCCCUUCCACCAUCUGAUCUAACACACAGAUCUGGUCUCUGCGCUGUGUACAGUUUGACCCCUGGACAGACGCCAUGCUGUCUUGCUGUAUCCCCUGAGGGUGUUGUACGGUACUGGCCUAGUAUUGUACAUGAAGGGAGCAGUACGGAAACAUCAACAGAGCUGGGGGGACAGGAAUGUUUUUCGCUGACCUCAAUUCUUCCUGCUGGAUGUAUUUUAGCCACCACAACCUCUACCCUUGUACUCAUUCAUCAUGCUGGACAAGGGGUCUCUUGUAAACAUUUACAGACCUCGUCAAAUCUGUUGGGUGGGUUUAGUAGGCGUGUCUCGUCCCUCCUAUGGGGCAGUAUGGGCGGGGUUCAAGGAGAAGCCAGGCUUAUCAAGGUGGUGGGAACUGUAGGUAGAGAUACAGACACUAGGGUUGUGAUUGUGCUGACAGCCUCAGGACUGCAGAAGUGGAUGGUAGAGGAUGGUGAAACAUACAAACAGAUUUAUGAUGCUGAUAUGACAGAUAUAGCCAGGGAGAGUAUGUGGAGGCAGCUGGAGAAGGAUGGAGCGGAAGGAAAACCGUCCUGGCUCAAGGUCUGGACUCUAGAUAUCAGUAUUGUUGGUGAGGAGAACCUAGUUAUCCUGGUAGCUGGAGUUAACAGUAAUGAAAAUGUGUCCCAGGGCGCAUCAUUCAGGGUUUACUAUUCUCUACUUACAAUCAAGAUAAUUACUGACGCGCCUCCAAUGCGCGCUGAAGGCUGUGUGCUCCUACCCCACACUAACUUUAUUGCUGAGGGUGAGGAUCCUGCUGGGAUGGAGAUGAUGUGUGUUGGUGGAAUAUGCUUUCUUCUUAGCGGUCAGAUCAUUCUACCAGUCAAUAUUCAGAGUGGAGAACAGCUACCAAAGAUUUCUCUGUCCUCUGGAGACUCUGUUCUCGGUACAGGAGAUAACGGCGAGUUUCCUCUUCUGUUCACAAUACCCUACGGAGUUCUCAGUAUAACUCCUACUCAGGGUGGGAUGAGAAAUGAGAGUUUAAACCUAACAGAUAACCUUCUUGAUAAAUCCUCAUCAAAACUCUCAGAUUCGUUAAACAUUUCGGUAUCUGCUCAGGGCCUGGAGACCCUAACCAUGUCUGAGUCUAAAACUGAUCAGCUGAAGGCUGCGUUCCUAUUAUUCUGUAAACGUUCCAAGGGCCAGGCGGAGGCAAUUAUUCAGGAACUGUUCCCAGAGGAACAUGUGGAGCAGCUUGACUCCGCCCUAGAUCGACUGGUUCUUUCUCUUUCAAAGGACCUGAUUGAUGAUUUCCCAGCCUCUGAUCCUCGUUGGAUGGAAUCUGUCCCGGCCUCCCAGGCCUCCAGAACAGGAGCCUCUAUGUCCCUUCUCGUUCUUCAACAACUCGAGGAUAAAUUGGCCUGCCAUGAUCUUUACAUCUCCUUCUUGAAGAGUGUAGGACUAUGGAAUCGGCUGUCAGCUGUAACGGUACGGGGCAAACCCAUGCCAACUGCGCUCAGUCUUAGCGAGCAUAAUGAGAAGAAUAUUGCCGCUGUAACUCUUAGGAGUAUACACAUGGAUCAUAUCAAGAUGAUGGAUGUUUGUAUGAAGAGUAGUUUAGAUGAUAGAAAUAUUACCGCUAGUGGGAGUCUUACUUCUCAGGAUCAUUUCUACCGUGAGAUCUCUAGAAUUGAUGAUAUCCUGGAUAGUUUUGUAAACAAUAUUCAACACUCAAUCAGAUGUGAGAGUCCAAGUGAGCUGUUGAAGAGCAUUGUCUCCGUCAACACCUUGGUCAUCAACAUGCUCAAGGCGGUGCUGUCCAGCAGGAAUAAACGUAUGGGGGAGUAUACUACUACAGGGUUUGCUGCUUCAUUAGAAUACUAUCCCUGGACUGCUGAGAGAAGAAGUCAACUGUCAGCUCUACUCAAACUAUCAAUCAGUCAUGGAUAUAAGUCAGCUGAAGAUGCAGCUGAACGUGUUAGGAUAGGUCAACAAAUCCUUGAUCUUGCAGAUAUCAUCCUUGAUGGAUACAGGAGUCAAGUAUACAGUGUGGAUGGAGAGCAGAGACAGGUCUUGAAUGCUGAGUAUAUCAGGGAGAGGGAGCAGCUGAUUCAACCAUUAGUUGACCUCAAGCUAUAUGAUCAGGCGGCCAGCUUGGCAGAGAAGUACCUGGAGUUCUCAGCACUGGUCAGAAUCUGUGAGGAGACAGGGAACAAGGAUAAGCUAGAUGAGUAUAUUAGUGAGUACUCAGAGCAUAACUUUUCCGAGUUUGUGUUCUCCUGGUAUAUGAAGGAAGGAAAGCAAAGCAGACUACUUGCUUCAACUGGAAGUAGCAAGGAACUUGGAAGGUUUCUCACUGGACAUUCUGACAUCAGUUGGCUUCAUGAUUUUCAUACUAACAACUUCAAUAAUGCUGCCUCAACCCUCUUACAAGCUGCCAGUAAUGAGACUGAUCUUCUGGAAAGGAAAAAGGUUGAGCUUUCCCUCGCCAAGCUUGCUGCAUUAGCUGGGGAGGAGGACUUUGAAGACGUUUUUCCUCAGAUAGAACAGGAGGUCAUGCUGGUUAAGUCACAGGAACAGCUUCCUGUUAGUGUAAUUGAGCAGUUUGGUCUGGAUCAUAAUAAUAUGAGAGUACUUACUCCAAGGGAAAUGAUUGAGAUGUAUAUUGGUGAGGAGAAUAGAUCAGCUGAUUCCUUGGAGUUUAUUAAGGCUUUGGACCUUCUUAACUACGUUCAGUUAGAUCAGGAUGAGAAGGAGAGGGUACGCCUACAUAUCUGGUGUCAAUCUAUCCUACGCAACUCCUGGUCCGACAUUGAUACUGACAAUCCUAUAGAAAGUGUCAAGGAGACCGUUUUCUUCAAGAUUGUUGAGUAUGCUUUCCACCAGGGUCUGGAUUUAUCUUCCUUCCUAACAACCCCGGAGAUAAUUCUGGAACAGGCGGAGCUGGGUAACCUCAGACAUGAGAAGAAUUUCCAGUAUCUCUUAAAGACAGGCUACGAACAUGUACUCAGAGCUUGUGGAGAAUAGAUACAUAGAACUAAAGUUGACUGUAAUGCUUACGUGUGGUUUUAAAAUCUAAAAUCAUUGACCUUUUUUUUAUCUUAAAAACUGCUUCGUAAAUCAGCAUUCUGUACAAUUAUUUAUGUACAGUAAACACUGGAAGUCAACGUGCACUGUACAUGCAAUUUACAGUGUACAAUUAUUUCCUUUUUGUACCUGGCUUAAUCUGAUGUGAUCUCAGUUUUAAAAAAUUAAAUAAACAAUUUUUUUUCUUUAAA